CCCACCACCCCGCUUCGUCCAUCGUCGCGCUCGUCCUUCCGAGAGUCUGCUCGCGGUGCAGGAGAAAACGAUGCUCCGUUCCCACUCAAUGCCUUCGAGCCCGCCUUUGCAGAGCUCUCGGACGCCAUGGCCGACCUUGAGGCGAACAUGAUGCACUUCCAGCUCAUGCACGAGAGUCUGGCGAGGUUCAGCGAGUCGUUUGCGAGUUUCAUGUACGGACUGAACAUGAACGCUUUCUGCGUUGAUUUUCCAGAG